CGCUACUCGCGAUUCGCGAACGCGCCUCUCUUGUCAGUCGGCCUACAUUCCGUUCACAUCGCGUUUGAGUCUGAGCAGUUUGAAUUUGGCGCUUCAGUACAGUAGCGGUCAAGCCGCGCGCGCGCUCCAAUGCCAGCCGGCGGCCGAACGAACGUAUUGAAAGUUUUGCUCGUGUUAUUUACUUUUUUGUUUGUUUUGGUGCGGUAGACGGACUUGUUUUUAGUGAAUAGAGAUAAAAACUGUAAAUGUAGACGUUUUCAGUGAAAUAAUUACUUAUUAAAUGAAUUAAACUACAUUAUUUUAUUAUUAGUGCGGACGGCGACGCCUACGCUAAUGAUUGUGUGAACGGUAGUGUAGUGUACUAAAUAGUGUAGUACAACACACAAUCAUAAUAUUUACGAUGGACGGCGAAAGAAAAAUAAAUCUAGGUGAAGGGGUCCCAUUGAAUUCGGCAGGUGCAGCGAAUAUUUUUUUGAACACGGGUAAAAAUAAGAAAGUAAACGACGGGACUGUUAUUCAUCUGAAAACAGAGAAGCCGGCGGACGUCGGUGUUCAUAUAAAUACGACAUUUUCUAUAGCGUCUUCCAAGAAAAUAAAGCUAUUGUUUAUAUUCAACUUUUUACUCAGUGUAAUAUGUAUGGUAAUAAGCUGUUCCAUUGCAUUCUAUUACUGGAACGAAAUGAUUUCGAUGCGAAGGCAACUGGACGACUUAAGAGAACAAUUUCUGAUACAGAACCUAAGAGACGGAGUUCUAAAUCAAGAUAAAACUGUUCAGAGCCCACUGAUCUCGAAUUUGAGGCCUCAUCUUGGCAAAGGACCAGAGGUAGUACGUGAAGGUCGAAUGGACUAUCGUAGAAGUGAAAUAUCACCAAACGCGAGAAAGUACUUUGUUGAAGAUCUUGGUGAAGAUAUGCUACUGGUAGACUCCAGUAAAAAAAAUCCUAGUCAUGAUUUAGAACCAAUAUAUGAUUUGUCUGUCUUCCAAAAAGAACCUCUAGUCGUACAGUUCAAUGGUGCUAUGAGAGAAUUAAACAUUGGGACUCAAUCUUUAAUUGGGCCAUGGGUUCGUGACGUCGAAGUCUCUACAAAGAACAGUGAAUCAAAAAUUGAACUGAACACUAAUUAUUUUACCGUUAAAGAGAGUGGGCUGUAUUUAGUCUAUGCUCAGGUGGUAUAUUUGACGCAUGCUCCAAACUGCUACUUUGUCUGGGCCAGACAACCUGCACAGGAGCCACGAUUACUAACUACUUGUGCUACUGGUGAUGACUCCAGUUCCAGACCUCUAAAUAAAUCCCAAAUCUCCUGUUCAGUUCAAACUGUUGCCAGAUUAUACAAAGGGGACACAGUAAACAUUGCUCAGCGAGAACAAAACAGGACACUGUGGCUCCGUCCAGGUUACACAUACUUUGGUUUUGUUAAACUUAGUUCCUAAUUUGGCUGUGAUAGUGAUAAUGAACUCUAAAAUGGAUCUACUAUACCAUUAGGGACAUGCAAUAUACUCCUAUAAAUAUAAAUUGUUUACACAAUUUAAAAUUUUGGUAAAAUGUGGGCAAAUAACUUUUGUGCCACUUCCAUUCUUUUGAUAUGAAUGGUGUCACAAAAUGUCUAUUAUAAGAGUAAUGUACAGAAAGUGAUUUAGGUGUGCCAUAUAUUGUACAUAGUGGUCGAUUACAAAUACAUCACACUUAGUACUUAGAAUGAGAGACAGCUGCUAAUAUUACUAUUAAGUUAGAAAAACAGUUUUCCAAAUUCAUUUCAAUUUCAAAGACAUGAUGAACUACUUAAGUAAUAUUCGCAUUACUCUUAAAUUAUACUUACUCUUUAUUAAUGUUAAGCUAUGAUUAUUUUGAUAAAUGAUUAAUAUUAGUUUUAAAUUACUGUUAUUAGAUACAAAUGAAAAAAUAUAUUUGACGCAAUUUAAACUUACUCAAUAAAGCUCAUGAUAUUUUCCUGUAUUGAGGAUAAAAACAAAACAAUGAAGAUUAGCUUUAAGUGAGUCACAUAAACAACGUUUCCAUUGUGUAUAAGAGGCGAAUGAUUUAAAAUCCCCUUGUUAGCUGAAAAAUCCCACUUUUUGUACCAAAAUUUCAUUGUUAAGUUUAUCUAAAAUUUAUUAUGUAUUCCAGUGUGUAAAAUUUGUCUGUAUUCAUUUGUUUAUGUUAUUAUUAUAUGUGAUGUAAUGUGUGCUAUGGAAAUAAUAAUAAUUAAGAAACUUAAUUUUGCUCAAACAGCAUUUUUGUACUCUAUCAUUAUUAUUAUUAUUAAUGAAUAUGUAUUAUAUUCAUAGUACUGCCAGUGUAGCAGGUUUUUAUUCAAUUUUAUGCAACAUUAAUGCAUAUUUAGGUUUUAUAAUACAGUGUAUUUUAAUGUAGAAGUUAUAUCACUUAAGGUGUAGUCAAUAGAACGAGUCAAGGUUUAUUUAAGUUGUCAUUUGACAUUGUUGAAUAUAUUUUUAAAGGUGCUGAUUUGUUAAUAGUGUGAAUGUGUGAUAUUUGAAACAAUAGCAUUAAGAAUAUUGACAGAUAUUUCUAUUAAGAACAUCAAGUAUGCUAUUAUUUCUAAUAGCGAAAAACAGUUAUUUCUGGAUUAUUAUAUUAAUUAUUGAAAGUGCCUUCUUAGUGUCGGUACAAUAAGUUUAUAUCGUAGAUUGAGUUCGAAAAACACUAAAUUGAACUAAACGAAAAACUACUUAAAUAGUAUAAAAUAUAUAUAUCUAAAAGAUAUUGGUAUGAUUUUGUGUUUAAAUUUAACAGGAUCUCUUUUUGUUGUGUGGGUUUAAGGAAAAGAAAAUUAGUUUAAUUUUGCGAUUGCCAAAAGCAAUAUUGUCAAUACUACUUAGCAAAACUACCAGUGUUAGUAUAAUAGUAUAAUAAAAAUUAAGGUAUAAAUUGUACAGCUAAAUAGUACUCAAUAAUAAUACUUGUUUUUGAUAAUACGAACAAAUUUAUUCAUAUAGCUUAAUUUUUGUCCCAUGUUCAAUUCCGACAAUAGUUUCAAUACAAGUAAUCAUAAAUAUGUUUUACACAGAUUACUUAAUGUGAUAUAUAUUAAGAUUUAAUAAUGUUAAAAUGUUUAGAUAGUAUCUAUAUUUAGUGAUAACUUGGAAAUUCGUUACCUACAUUUAAAACGGAAAUGUAAACAUUUGUAAAGUGCAGGCCAUUAACGAUGCCAUUUAUAUCUUAUGUUUGUAUAUACUACGAUGUAUAUUUAAAAUAUUUCUACACUCCCGUCCAUCAAUAAAAUGUGCCUUAAACGAA